GUGCAUCACAGAGUAUGUGGCAAGUUGGCAAUUGGUGGUGACUCGUGAGGUAAGCGUUCAGUCAUCGUCCGGCAAUACAAGCCGGCGUAUGGCCGUACUUCACGGUCUGCACAAAAAUUCAACAAUAAAACUUUAUUUUACUUCACUAUCAUCAAAUAAACUUGGACGAUGUUGAAAGUUGGCGCCGGUGCAGUCCUUUUGGCUGCUAUAGUGGCGGUGUUUGUGGUGGCCACGCAAGGCCGGGAUCCAGAUCUCGAGGCUCUAGAACAAGAGGGCCGAGAAUAUAUACAGCACCUGGAUAAAAUGGCUGGCGGCAGGAAGAACCGUGCUACUCUUGCAGAGUGGGCGUAUACCUCGAAUAUUACAAAAGAAAAUGAAGAUAAUAGGAUCCAAGUUCAAUUAGAGAUAUCUCAACAAGAAAAGCAAGCGUGGGAGGAGACGAAAAUGUUUAGAUGGCAGGACUUCCAGGACUUUUCAUUACGGAGAAUGUUCAAGAAGUACAGUCAGCUGGGUGUCGCAGCUCUACCAAAUGAUAAAUACAAGCAGCUGAUGCAGUCCAUAUCAGGAAUGGAAGCAAACUACGCGACGUCAAAGAUAUGCUCCUACAGGAAUGCUUCCAAGUGUGACUUAUCCUUAGAGCCUGAUUUAACAGAAAUAUUCGCUAAAAGUCAAGAUCCAGAAGAGUUGAAGUACUAUUGGGUACAGUGGCACAACGCAGCUGGCUCGCGGGCUCGACAAAAUUUCACUCAAUACGUACAACUGGACAACGAGGCAGCUAAGCUCAAUGAUUUCAAAGACGUAGCAGAAUGGUGGCAAUCGGAAUACGAAGUGCCUGAUUUUGAGGCGCAGCUUGCAAAACUGUGGGAGGAUGUGAAACCAUUGUACCAGCAACUGCACGCGUACGUGAGGAAACGACUGAGGGACAAAUAUGGGGAUGAGGUUGUAUCCGCUAAAGGCCCAAUACCAGCACAUCUCUUAGGUAACAUGUGGGCUCAAACAUGGAACAAUAUAGAGUCUUUCACUCGACCCUAUCCGGAUAAAAAGGAAAUAGAUAUAACACAAACGAUGCGCGACCAAAACUUCACGCCGUUGAAAAUGUUCCAAAUGUCAGAUGAAUUCUUCAGAUCACUCAAUUUAACUGCGAUGCCUGAAUUGUUCUGGAAAAGAUCUAUUAUUGAGAAACCAAAUGAUAGAGAAAUAGUUUGUCAUGCUUCCGCAUGGGACUUCUACGAUGGAAAUGAUUUCCGGAUAAAACAGUGUACGACAAUUGACUAUGAAUAUUUCCAAACAACGCACCACGAAAUGGGACACGUCCAAUACUACUUACAAUACAAACAUCAGCCGAUUAUAUUCAGAGAUGGAGCAAAUCCAGGUUUCCAUGAGGCGGUGGGCGAUACAAUCGCACUGUCAGUUUCUUCACCCAAACAUCUGCGUCGUGUGGGACUUACAAAUGGAGACGCUGAAGAUGAACAAACUGAAAUCAAUCAGCUUUAUAAAAUGGGUAUCGACAAAAUAGUAUUCCUUCCAUUUGCGUACACACUAGAUUUGUUCCGCUAUGGUGUGUUCCGGGGGACCACAACACCAGAUGACUACAACUGCCACUACUGGCGGCUGCGAGAACUACUCCAGGGUGUGGAGCCUCCGGUAGACAGAACCGAGGAAGACUUUGAUGCGGCUGCUAAGUAUCAUGUAUCUGCUGAUGUGGAAUAUGCGCGAUACUACGUGUCCUUUAUCAUCCAGUUCCAGUUCCAUCGCGCCCUGUGCCAACUAGCUGGUGAAUAUAUACCAGAAGAUCUAACGAAGAAACUGGUCGAUUGCGACAUUUACCAGAGUAUAGCUGCUGGGAACGCGUUAUCAAACAUGUUGAAAAUGGGUUCAUCACGGCCGUGGCCAGACGCAAUGGAAGCCUUGACUGGUCAGCGGGACAUGAGAGCUGACGGUCUACUCGAAUACUUCCGGCCGCUCCUCGAGUGGCUUCAGACUGAGAAUCAGCGCACAGGAGAAUAUAUUGGAUGGGAGCCUAGUAAAAUACAAUAUUGUACAGCCGAACAACAGGCAGCCUUAGAUUCGAAACAAGCUAAGUCUGAAGACAUAAAGGACACAUGACGAUCAACUGUACUUAACUAUUAUACUUUAAUUAUAAAAUAAUUUAGGACAUCAGUAUUGAUAUUAUAAAAAUAAAUUCAAAA